AUGAAGAAAGAAGCUGAAGAAGCGGUCGAAUCGGCCAAAGGACUACUUGAAGACAUCGUCAUUGUUGUCUCGCUUGUGCGGACCUUGACAGACUCUUUCGGUUCUGUCAAAGACCUUUAUCGCAAGCUCAAGCCCAAGUCCAAACAGAAAGACAGCGACAGCGAGGAUGACAAACAUCAUUUCCGGAGGCCCUUCCACAGUCGCCGGGACUCCGGCUUCAGUGUGCACAAGAAGAAAGAAAGCGAAUUCAGCGAUAGUGAGGAGGAGCUCGUUUGCACUUCAUCUAUUCAAGUUCGUGCAGAGUAUGAACGCGGAUACCCUACCACGCACAUACAACUCCAGACGCAAAUCAUACAGCUUCAACAAACGCUCCUCAGUAUACACCAAGACCUUCUACUGAGCACGUAUAUGGCGCCGUCAUCUUCGCACUCACACCUCGUGCGCCUCCUUCAGACAACUCGGAAGGCGCGUGCGGCCUCGAUCGCGGCGUUGAACUUGCAGUACCAGCGCAUGCUGGAACCGAUGCCAAUCCUGUCGCCACUUCCGCCGAGAGAAGAUCCAAUCUUCAAUAUACCUGGAUCUUUUCCUCCACCCGACAGUUCCCGACGCAAGUCCGAGCCGUUCCCGCCAAGGCGACGCAUGAGCAAUAGCUCGAGUUGCUCGAGUGAAUCCCAGGAGAAGGAGAAGGAGAAACAGAAAGAGAAGGAAAGGGAGAAGAAGGUCAAGAUUGAGCUACCCCCGAAGCCCAAACCUAAGCCCACGCCCACGCCUCCACCUCUAUCGCACAGUAACAGCCUCUUCUGCGUCUACGCCAAGGAUCUCCAACACAACCCUACCAUCCCUCUAGCCGACACCUACAAGCUCAGCGGAGACAACAAAUGUCCAUUCUGUCGCAGAAACAUCGACAUGAAGCCUGGCAAAGCAUGGGAGAUCAUCACAGACGAGUGCAAAGUGAAGGAGAGCCGCUACCGCAAAGCCAUAUACCGAACCUUCCGAGUGAAGAACCGUUUCGUAGUCAAGAGUCACAGAGAACAAGGCGGUUUCGCAUGCGUACUCUGCGCCAGGUUCAGGAAGUGGGAUACAGUUUGUCGGGAAGUCAGUUUGCUCAUGGAUCAUCUCUGGAGAGAGCAUUCGGGUGAUGAGUUGGCAAGGGAUAGCGAUAUUAUCGAGUGCUAG